AAAGGUACAUUUAGCCGUUUUUAAUUGACUUAUCCAAAUGUGCACCCUGUCGUUACCAGGUGACGUGCGGCGGGUGUCACAUGGUGGUUUUGGCCCGUCCGAGGGACCCGAGCAGCACCGUGACUCUGGAGGAGGAGGACGUGACGGAGGACUUCCUGUUGAAGCCCUACGUGGAGCUGCUGGGGGACUCCAUGGACUACUCCACCCUCCAGAGGAGCCUCUCUGCUCGGGUCCGCAGGAGGGAGAGGGAGCGAUCUCCGGAGCAGUUCGGCUCCAUGUUCACGCCUGGCUUCCUGCAGCCUCCGCCCCCCGUCUGCAACCACACAGCCAGCAACAGACAGGUGCUGAACGGCUCGCACCAACACAGGAGCGCAGCGUCAAUGCAGCAGGACGAGGUGGUGGAGAAUCUGACGGACACAGACAGCGUUAAAGGCCUCGGGGAAACCUCAGAUUUCCUGAACAUGACUCACGUGAUGAAGAUGGACGCCGGUGAUGAAUCCCUCACUCUGUCUCCGGUUCAGAAGGUAAAUCUUUUCAAUCUCUCUCCUCUCAUUGGCUGAAACACGGAGAGGUUCUCCUACACCUGGUGGAUAUCUGAGGUGUUUUUAGUCCCAACAGAAUUAUGUUUUAUGGAGCAGCUUUAGUGGAGUACGAAUACAUUGUUACUGUACUUAAG